CCCGCCCCCGACUCGAGGGUUUUGUAAAGAGUCACGUUGCGCUGCAGCAGUGAAACAGGAGACUCCUCCGCAUCCUCUGCCCGGCGCACCUGGACGACUCAGCUCCUAUAGACAUCAGCAGAGCCUCGGCUGCCUCUGUGGUGCCAGAGAGCCGCUAGGCGGAGGGCGCUGCAUGGGAAACAGGGUGAGUGGUGAUCCGCUUAGCGCUGCUGGGUCAAGGCCUCCAGAUACAAACAGCCCAAACACACGGACCUGCAUCACUAUCACCGCCAACAGCCUGCCGGCGAAGGCCAACAUGACUCACCAGUACCCCGCACUGACUCCUGAGCAGAAGAAGGAGCUGCAGGACAUCGCUGAGAGGAUAGUCGCUCCAGGCAAAGGCAUCCUCGCGGCCGAUGAGUCCACCGGCAGCAUGGCGAAGCGUUUGAACCCCAUUGGGGUCGAGAACACAGAGGAGAACAGGCGUCGCUACCGCCAGCUCCUCUUCACAGCCGACGAACGCAUCAACAGCUGCAUCGGAGGCGUCAUCUUCUUCCACGAAACCCUCUACCAGAGCACAGACGAUGGUGUUAACUUCUCCAAGCUCAUCAAAGACAGAGGCAUUGUCGUUGGCAUCAAGGUGGACAAAGGUGUUGUGCCCCUUGCCGGAACCAAUGGAGAGACCACCACUCAGGGUCUGGAUGGGCUGUCUGAGCGCUGCGCCCAGUACAAGAAGGACGGUGCUGACUUUGCCAAGUGGCGCUGUGUGCUGAAGAUCUCUGACACCACUCCCUCUGAGCUGGCUAUCUUUGAGAACGCCAAUGUACUGGCACGUUACGCUAGCAUCUGCCAACAGAAUGGUAUUGUCCCUAUUGUGGAGCCUGAGAUCCUUCCUGAUGGAGACCACGACCUGAAGCGUUGCCAGUACGUCUCUGAGAAGGUCCUAGCUGCAGUGUACAAGGCUCUGUCAGACCACCAUGUCUACCUGGAAGGCACUCUGCUGAAGCCCAAUAUGGUCACGGCUGGACACUCCUGCCCCAACAAGUACAGCGCCGAGGAAAUCGCCAUGGCUACUGUAACAGCUCUGCGCCGCACCGUGCCUCCUGCUGUCACAGGAGUGACAUUCCUGUCAGGCGGCCAGUCUGAGGAGGAGGCCAGCGUGAACCUGAAUGCCAUUAACAACUGCCCCCUCGCCAAGCCCUGGGCCCUGACCUUCUCCUACGGCCGUGCCCUGCAGGCCUCCGCCCUCAACGCAUGGAAGGGAGAGCUGAACAACGAGAAGGCGGCCACCGAGGAGUUCAUCAAGCGCGCUGAGGCGAACGGCUUGGCUGCACAGGGCAAGUAUGAGUCCUCUGGAACUGCUGGUGCUGCAGGACAGUCCCUCUACGUGGCUAAUCACGCCUAUUAAACAUCCAUGUUGCUCCCACAUUUUACUGUGGCCAACUAAUAGUCUUAUCUGCUCUGCUACUCCCCCUUCACUCCCCCAUCAGUCACAGGCCUGCGCUGUCUACUGUACUUUAGGGUUGUCAUUGAGUUGACACCGUUAGGUAUGUCUACUGAAAAACAUAAUGUGAAACAACUACACUAAAGGGAAAAGGUUUGUUUCUUUUUGUGUAAACAGUCUUAAUCAGAAUUGAAUUUAAAUUUUGUGUAGCGAUUAAAGAGUAAAUUAAUGAGCGGAAUGGACAAAAUUGUAAUUAUUUAUUUUCCUGUCUGUAACAUUUGCCAGGUCUGGAGUUACAGACAAGGAUUUUAAAGGUUGUGAAAUUUCCAAAUCAAGUCGAAAUAAGUCAGUAUUCAUUCAUCUUAUGCCUCUUCUUAACUGUACGUCUGUCCGUGCAGAUUCCUUUCUCCCUUUGUGUCCUGACACGACAAAUCUUCAGACACUCCAGAGCAGGCCAGUUUAGCAUGUGUUAUGUCGGUGUUUCGCUUCUGUCAGAAUGCAGUGUUGGCUCAUUUGUAAAACGCUAUACUAACAUCAGUGUUGUAGGACCAACCUACAAUCAGUGGCACGAUUACAUCCAUUAGAGGAUAACCCAGUGAUAAGAUAGCAUCAGACCGGAAACAGCACGAGGUGUUGAAUCUGCAAAUUGAGUCGGGUUACUUUGAAUGACUCCAGAGUAGAUGGCUGCGGAGUGCACAACGCACAAACACACACCACACAAGCCGGUAAAAACCAGAGACAGCUGUAGCUCCAGCAGAGGUAGGUAGAUAGACUAGAAACCACUAAACACCAAGAUUCAUGAUCAUGAUUCAUCCUAAUCUUUCUGUUCUCACUCUUCUAAUCACCAGUAAUCGGAGGAACAUCUUGUGUGUCUGUUCUCUGUAUAACAUUAGCUUUAAAUUACACAAUCAAUGUAUUCAGUUGUGUGAAGGUGUCGAUAUUAUGUGAUGCUUGUGUGUCAUCCCCUCCCUGAUUCCCCCGCUCCACUCCCACAGGGAGAGAAAAUGGUUUCUAUUGACUUCCCUAUCAAGCGGACCAAUAUGUGGGGUUUGUAGGGGGGAAACAGUCACUGCUGUGUUCGAAUACUGUGAUGUUUGUGAUGUUAAUAUUGUUCUUAAAACACUUGGUGUAUCAGAUAGUGGAGAAAAACAACUAAAAUAAAAAUGACAAACUAUUAGAAA